AUGGAUGGAGUUUUUAAUCUCCUGCUGACACAGGUUGAGCUACUGGCUGCAGGUGGAGGAGUUACCACCCCGAUGCUUUGUCUCCUUUUCUUUCUGGGCCUGCACUGGCUGCUCACCCUGCAUAUGCCCUUGACCUCAAGAAGCCAGCAGGGCCCCGGCAAAGAUGCACCCAAGCGAGACGAGGAUUUUGAGAAGCACCUCAUGGAGGAGCAGGGGCGAGUCUUGGCCCAAUCUUGGAAGACCGCCUGCUACUACGUGGUGCACUUGCACGUGACGCUCAUUCUAGUACUCAUCUACGA